GACCUCAAAUCCACAAUUACCGUCGCCAUGUCAUGUUACUUGUCUCAGAGCUGCUUUAGGCAGCUUGCGCGGAGUCCUUUGAGACAAGGACCUCUGCCCAACUUCCUCGUCCCUGCCUUCUCUCACCCUCUCCGGACACAACCUUUCUCGACCACGUCCCCGGUACAAUCGCGAGUUGGCGGCGCCGCGAUCACCGUGCCCCCGGAGGUGUCCCUGAAGUUCAUCGACCUCCCUCAGCCCAAGACCAAGGCCAAGUCUGUUGACUUCCCUAACAUGGCCGUUGAGGUUAAAGGACCCUUGGGUGAAUUGUCGCUGAACGUCCCUUCCUACGUGAAAAUCGACUACGAUGAAGCCCUUCGCAAAGCUACUCUUGCCGUUCAAGACUCAGAGAUCACUCACCAGCGUGCUAUGUGGGGAACCAUGCGCGCCCAUCUACAGAACCACAUCCUCGGAGUUUCGGAAGGUCACAUUUGCAUUCUGAGUUUCGUUGGUGUCGGUUACAGAGCUACCAUUGAACCCACGGCAACCACCGUUGAGCCCCAAUACCCCGGUCAGCAAUUCGUGUCCCUGAAGGUCGGAUACUCGCACCCCAUUGAACUGGGUAUUCCCAAGGGCGUCAAGGCCAGCACACCUCAGCCGACUCGUAUCCUGCUGGAGAGUGUGGACAAGCAGCUUGUGACCAAGUUCGCGGCGGAGAUCCGUGAAUGGCGCAAGCCGGAACCUUACAAGGGCAAGGGUAUCUUCGUCAACGGCGAGACGAUCAAGCUCAAGGACAAGAAGAUUCGUUGAAAUUGGCGUCUAUAUUUUGGGGGAACGAAACUGUGUUUAUUAUUUCUGUACAUGUAUAUCCGAGCACGGUUCUUUUGGUUCGCAAUUGGUAUCCUUUCUUUUUAUGUACUUUUAGAGACGCAUCUAGCGU